GGUCCCCGCCGAGCCGCCGCCGCCAACACCGAGGUGCCCCGGCCCUCCCCAGCCGCAGCCGUCACCGUAGAACGGGCUGCGCGGCGCAAGCACGAGGAGGCGGCCGCCAGCGCCGCCCGCAGCGGAGGAGGAGAAAGGGUGCGCAGCCCGGAGGCGGGGUGCGCCGGUGGGGUGCAGCGGAAGAGGGGGCCAGGGGGGGACUUCGUAGCAGUCAUCCUUUUUAGGAAAAAGAGGGGGGGCAAACCCUCCCCCACCACCUCCUUCUCCCGCAGCGCACCACACACAGUGCGCGGGCUGCUCCUUGGGCAUCGGCGGCCCCAGCGCGUCCGUGCCUGCGUUUAGCAAGCUGCUUUUUUUCCCCUUUCGGAAAGCGCGUUGGCCCUUCGGAGUUUAAUCAGAAGAGGAUUCCGGUCCCGGUCCCCCAGCUCCUCCAUCGUCCCCUUGGCGUGUCUCUCUGCCCUGGAGGUCUGAAGCGGUCCGGUGGAUACGGAUCCAUGCCUGCGCUCCAGCGUGUGUGUGCAAGUGUAAAUUGCCGAGAAGAAGGGAGAAUCACAGGACUUCUGCAAAUGCUGGACUGAAAAAUUGUAAUUCAUCUGCCGCCGCCGCCGCUGCCUUUUUGCCCCGCUGCGGUGCUCUUGAGAUCUCUGGUUGGGAUUCCUACGGAUUGACAUUCUCAGUGAAGCCGGAGUGUGAGGACCCAAUCUGGAAACCCUCCUGAUUUUUCCUCCCUAGCCCCCAGACCCCAACUCCCGAUUCAUUGCAAGUUAUAAAGAAGCUUAUUCAAGGAGACUUCUGAAGAUCGAUGGUGUGGUUGCCUUAUGUAUUUGUUUGGGUUUUACCAAAAAAGGGGAAACUUGACAGAAGAUCAUGCCGUCCUUAGAAAAUACAGUAAGUUCUUUGCACAGGAAUUUGGUUUAAUAUAACUUUCCAUGGACGCGUUUGAAAUAUUUUUUACUUAAAGUGCAUUCAAGCAAAUUUCAUUUCCAGACAGUUUAAUGCAUUUUUUAACGUGUAACUUGUAGUGGACAUACCUUUCUUACCCUAAAUAUAUAGAGGAAAACACACCUGAUUUUAACUUCCUAGGUCGUCCCGCCUCUUCACCUUUCAGCAUUGCGGAGGAAGUAGACUGAUAUUAACAAAGCUUAAUAAAUAAUGUGCCUCAUGAAAUAAAAAGCAGAAAGGAAUUUGAAUAAAAAUUUCCUGCAUCUCAUGCCAAGGGGGAAACACCAGAAUCAAGUGUUCGGUGUAACUAAAGACGCCCCUUCAUCCAAGAAUGCAAAGCACAUCCAAUAAAAGAGCUGGAUUAUAACCAUUCUUUUUUUUUUUUUUCUUUCGGGGCCGUGGGGCGGGAGUCGGGACGUGAAGUGCCGUUGGUACCUGCAGCUUCUUUUCGGGGAAGGAUGGCGCAAGCCGGGAGAACAGGGUAUGAUAACCGGGAGAUCGUGAUGAAGUACAUACAUUAUAAGCUGUCACAGAGGGGCUAUGAGUGGGAUGCUGGAGAUGCGGACGCGGCGCCCCUGGGGGCUGCCCCCACCCCUGGCAUCUUCUCCUUCCAGCCUGAGAGCAACCCAAUGCCCGCUGUGCACCGGGACAUGGCUGCCAGGACGUCUCCUCUCAGGCCCCUCGUUACCACUGCUGGGCCUGCGCUCAGCCCUGUGCCACCUGUGGUCCACCUGACCCUCCGCCGGGCUGGGGAUGACUUCUCUCGCCGCUACCGUCGUGACUUCGCAGAGAUGUCCAGUCAGCUGCACCUGACGCCCUUCACCGCGAGGGGACGCUUUGCCACGGUGGUGGAGGAACUCUUCAGGGAUGGGGUGAACUGGGGGAGGAUUGUGGCCUUCUUUGAGUUCGGUGGGGUCAUGUGUGUGGAGAGCGUCAACAGGGAGAUGUCACCCCUGGUGGACAACAUCGCCCUGUGGAUGACUGAGUACCUGAACCGGCAUCUGCACACCUGGAUCCAGGAUAACGGAGGCUGGGAUGCCUUUGUGGAACUAUAUGGCCCCAGCAUGCGACCUCUGUUUGAUUUCUCCUGGCUGUCUCUGAAGACACUGCUCAGCCUGGCCCUGGUUGGGGCCUGCAUCACUCUGGGUGCAUACCUGGGCCACAAGUGAGGUCGACAGACCUGCCCCAAACAAAUAUGCAAAAGGUUCACUAAAGCAGUAGAAAUUAUAUGCAUUAUCAAUGAUGUACCAUGAAACAAAGUUGUGAUCUUUUUUUAAAGCAGAAUACACACACACACACACACACACACACACAUUCAGGCAAAUGGUCGAAUCAGCUAUUUACUGCCAAAGGGAAAUAUCAUUUAUUUUUUACAUUAUUUAGAGAAAAAAAGAUUUAUUUAUUUAAGACAGUUCCACUGAAACUCCAGGCUUUGAAAACCGUACCAGGAAUUGCCAAGAAACGUGUGGCUCCACCUGCUGGCCUGUGCCUGUGGUCAUGGAUCUGUUUUCCAUAUUGGCCAGACUGACCCACCAUCUAAAGAGCAAGUGGCACAGGACCCUGACUGCUGGAGAAGCCUGUAGUCUGGCUGCUAGAAGCUGUGAAGAAGGCUUCAAUGUGAUCUCUAUAUACUGGCCCUGGGGGCCAGGAUGCUAGAAGGAGCAGGUGCCUAAAAGAAAGCCUGGUCUUCCUUGGACUGGAGAAGGGACUUUUGUAUAUGACUCACAUGGUACAUACCCAGUCAGAGGACAAAGGCUGGAAACUUCAGAUGAACUUGGUACCCACUGAGACUUCCCUGCUCAAAGACAGUGAUGGGAAAAUGCCCUUAAUCAUAGGAAAUUAUUUUUUUAAGCUACCAAUUGUGCCGAGAAGCAUUUUAGCAGUUUAUACAAUAUCAUCCAGUACCUUAAGCCCUGACUGUAGAUAAUCAUAUAUUUUGGAUACACACACCCCUCCUCCAAUACUCACUCUGUCCGAGGAGGAAACAAAGGCUUCUGGAUUCCGGAAGUGGAUGUGUGAUGACUUCUUCAGCAUCAGGAAGAAUGGGGGUCACCUAGCGCUUCAGGCAGCCACAAGUGCCUGCUUUAUGGAGACAACAUCUGCAGAACCUCUCUGUGGCUCAGCAACUUGGCCUGGGCUGCCUGCCUUGAGUGUGGCCCUCACCAGCCUCCUCACCGGGUUUGGAACAGAGCAGCUGGUCUCUGAGCUCAGACUUACCCAGUAAGAAAGAGCAAUAUCGAGAUUCACUUACCGAGGUCUGCUACCCUCAGGCCCUCCAGGCUGGGCCUGUCUGGAGCAGGAGAACUGCUCUUCCUAAGACACUUGGCACUGUAGAGAGGAGAAAGCAGGUAGUGUCCAUCCUGCCUGAGGGCAUAGUGAAGGCAGGAAGACCACCAUACAAAAGAAGAAGCCCGGCGGGGCUUUAGGCGGCCACAGGUACCUGCUGGCAGUGCUGUCACAUUUAAGGCAAGGCUUUAAGUUACUUUGGCCAUAAAUCCUAAGGACGCACUGAAGCAAGGUUCACGGAGUCGAUGAUCCAUGUCUAUGGAUUUACAUGUAAAACAUGAUCUUGUUGUUUGGUUUUAUUUGAAAAUCUGACAGAGGGAGAGAAUAAAAAGUUUCAGGAAUGUAUGGAAUGUGGAGAUUAUACAUCCUGGGGCCAAAAAAAAAAAAAAAGAUGGUAUAUUAUGGAGGAAUAACAAAAGGAGUGAAAUUUCCAGCUAAUGAAAGGGGAACCACUUUUUCCCCAAGUUCAGAGUUAGCAUGGGGGUAUUUGUGGAAUUAACUUUGGGGCAUUAUCACACCCUGUACCAUUCAUCUGUAUUAACGUUGGAAUGUACUUCAUUCAAUGUUUAUUACUGUGGUUGAUAUUUCAAAAGCUGCUUUCAAAAAGAAUCCAUGCAUCUCAGCAUUGUUUAAAUUGUAUUUAGUUAUGACCUCUAGAAUGUUUGUUAGUCACACAAACAAAAAAAAGAUACUUUUUCCAUUUGAGGUAUUUGUCUCUUGAUUCUUCAAAGGCAUUUCUGAAAAGGUGGGAACAGCUUUAGAGAGAUGCGAGGGACUGAUGGAGCUGGGCUUGACUGUUCCCUCCGCUGUGCUGUUGGAGCCUACCCCUCUGCCGGGACAGACCCUGGGAUUGCUUAUCAUGAUGGAUAUAGCUAUUGCCCACUCGACCUUGUUUCUUCCAGGUUUACUUGUCCUUGGAUGAUUCAGCAUUUAACUCAAGUUACCUAGGAUUUCAUGCAUGUUUGGUUAAACCCAUGUGUUCAUUCACUUAGAAAUCCAGAUGGGAAGCAGAGCAAAGGGUUAGGACCUGGCUCUAGCAGCUAGGCCUCCAGAGGGUUGCUUUGUGUGGCCUGUUGAGCAUAGAUGUUUCAGGACUCCUCUUAUCCCCAGUCCCCUAGGCCUGCCUCCCUGUGCAGAGAGAGAGAGAGAGAGAGAGAGAGAGAGAGAGAGAGAGAGAGAGAACAAGCGAGCAGGAGAGCAGGAGAGCCAGAACUCCCCAGUAGGUCUCAGAGAACAGGAUGAUCAGAACUUUUCAAGUUAUUCUAGUUUUUAAGCGAAAUAUUAUCCUGUGAAAGGUUUACAUUCUCCACGCGAUGAAUAUGGAAUAAGAAACCCUGUGCUGCUAUCCUGCCAAGAUCAUUGUAAUGGAGGAGUCGGUUUGCAGUACACACCAAGUGACCGGCUCCUUCAAGCUGCUUCUUGAAGUAACGAUGAAGAACACAGACAUUUAUUUUAAAUAUAAAACCUGUUUCUCUUUUGUUUUUGUUGCUAUUGUUCAAACUUGGAUUUGUAGAGUAUUUGAAAAAAGUGUAUAUACAUUUAAAAGAAGAAGAAGAAGCAGCUCAUAGGAGUCCUUCAGGUGUGGGAUUUUGUUUUCUGAUUUGAAUGGCAAAUUCUCCAAGUCCCUGGACCCCAGAACUGGACAGUAUUGUGGCUGCAUUUGCUCUAAAAGUAGUUGGUGAUGCAAUUUUUUUCUUGUUAAAAACAUGUUAGAAGCAAAGAGUAUACAUAGAAUCUGCCUUGACUAGCCUUUUUCUUCCUCUUUUUUUUUUUUUAAUAACCUCAAUUAUUUUGCAAUCAGGCAACAGAGAGCCAUCUGCAUGUAGUUCAUAUUUCAGAAGGGCUUCACACUCAAAUCUCACCUCCCCUGUAAGCUUUGAAAUCUCUUUAUCAAUCAAAGCCAAGCAGACGUAGAAGUGGGCUGAGAGACUCAGAGAGAGCCAUUGAGAAGAGCAACCCAAUGCCCUCCAGAGCCCCAGUGCCCACCCAGGCUCUCUGAAAGAGAGGUGGCAAAAAACCAGAGAGGUUGAUCUUCAGUGAUUCCUCAGGGCCUGAACUUGCGUGAAGGCUUGAGAUUUCCAUGAGAGCCACAGUUAAGGGAGCACUUUCAUGUAGUUCAAGUAAAACCCUCCAUCCUGCCCAGCUUGCUUGUCUCUGCAUGUUUGGGUGUGGCCUUUAUUCAUCCAUACAUACAUUUUUUCCACAGGCAUAUUCUUAUUUAUUACAUCUAAGAGCCUUUCUGUGUCUAGGAAAGGGGAAAGCAGGGUUUAGGAAGUGCUCAUAAGCCAGGAGGGAUUAUAAUAAUCAGGACUGAAUGUAGAUAGUGGGGGGGGGCAGUACCCACAUGUGUAGGUCCCACACUGAAUAGAAUAGGCAGAAUUGUGAAUAGCCCGUGUUUGUAAUGGAGUCUAGACUAAAACAACUCAUAAAUGUGAGCUUCAGCUCUAACUGUGCUUUGAAGGUGAUGGGUGUCUCUAUACUUCCUUAUCAGUUACAGUUAGAAAUGUACACCUACCCUAUCAGGAAAAAAUAACAGGAAAAGGUUGAAAUAUAAGCCAGUCUAAGGAAAUUAGGGAGCCGCUGAAGUUCUCUUCUGAGCUUACGCUAUGGUCUCUAUUGCAGCUCAGACAAAUAUGAUCACACACUUUUUAAGAAAUACAAUUCUCCAUUGUCGGGCCCACGAAGGCUCUGAUCUGAUCUGUAUUGUUGCCCAAUUUGGGUCUUUCAGGGAUUUUUCUAUGCCAUUAUUAUAGGGACAAAGGACACUUGUUAUGAGGUGGGAGAGAUGAAGAAUUCUUAAAUGAGUAGAACAUUUCCUAGAUUGGGCCAGGGUGUGGAGGUCUUCAGCAAAAUCAAGGCUGUGAGAAGUGAGGGACCUUUAUGGGGGUCAAAGUUAUGUUCGUCUGAGGACUUUUUGCAAGAAGCAAGGAAGCUCUAUGGUACAUUUAUAUUCCAGGGACAUUGACCUAAUUCAAAGUCUGGCUUAAUAUGGUCAAGCAAUAGCAUAUGUUUCAAGUUGGAAUUGGCUAAUGAGUGUUUAAACAGUAAGUUUGACAUUUUAACCAACAGGGUAUUUAAACAACAACUUUCCAGUUGGUAGGGACAUCUGUUUCUCACUGUUUAUUAUACACAACAUAGAAAAAAAUUCAAUAAGACUGAAUUAAGUAAAACAUUGUGAGACUGAGUUAGGUAAACGAUUGUGGCAGUCUCUUAGCCCUGGCCAGGGAAUUAUUCAAUCCUCUAUAGACAUCUGUGCACUGUGCAUCUCUCCAGGCAUGAAGAAAACCAGGUAGAGGGCAGAUGGCACCUGAGCACUUCAUCCUAGAUAUCUAAGAAGAAUAACAUAAAGCCAGUGUUCUGUGCACCAAGUCCAGUACAGAAGACAAAAAGAGUCACAGAAGAUGGAAAAGCUAGCUAAUCAGAAAUCCUGGGAAUGUUAAAUGUGCUGGCCAUGUGGCUAUGCGGCAAUGCCUGUACCUUCCCACUUGGGAACCUGCAGCGGGCCCUCCAGCUGGCUCCCUUCAUGAAAUCCUCCCCUCCAAGAUAACAUCUGAAGGAUUGAUGGCAGAUUCAGUUUCCAUUAGGAGAUAUUUUCCUUUGGAGACAGGGGUUCUCUAUUAAAAUAUCUUCUUAGGUUUUCAGCUAAACUUUGCUUUGGCUUCAGUUAUAGUGGGGUUAUUUCUAAGUAAAGUAAUGUUCAAAUAAGUGUUUUGUAUUGGAAGCUUUGUUAUCAAGAUUUUCAUACUUUUAUCCAUGGGCUGCUUUUAAGGUUGAUACUUUUAGGCGUGGCUGAUACCUAUAGCACUGUACAUACAAGAAAUAUAUAAGUGUACUUGGCAUAGUUAAGGUAAAAUAAGUCUCCAGUUGGCUACUGUUACAUAUAAUGGCUCUUUGUUUGUGUUGUUAGAAAACAUUACAUUGCCAUUAACUCCCCAUGUCUGUCUGAAAAACAAUAAAGUACAGUGAGCAGCC